UGCCGUUGGACGUCGUGGCGGUGAUCACUGAUGAUGCUUGGAAGGGUGGACCAUUGGUGGUUCUACAUGGGGCUAUGGGUCACCCACCUGCAACCAUGUUAGGCAAGAACUACGUGUGGCUCAUGCCAUUUGUCAAGUACUUUCCAUGGAAGAUACCAAGUGGUUUUUUCAUCGCUGACGUGUUUGUCUACCUUGAUGCCCUGUUCCAGAAAAAACUUUUCCACCCCGAUGCUGCCAAAUUUGAAACGAGAUCUUCUUUGGCAGCGGAGGAGGCAGUGAAAACCAAACGUUGCCUACAGGCAUUGAGGCACCUUUGGAGGAAUGCCAAGGACAACUCGCAUUGCCCACGGGUCCAGCAUAUGAAGGAGUUGUUGGUUGAAUCCCCUCAGCAACAGCGCAACCGGGAUUCCCUCCCCCUGCCUGAUGCUGAAGACUCGGGCACCAAUGACGGGUGCAGCGAAGGUGAUGAACCUGCCAAUGUCGGCGUGGGGGUGGACCAUGAGGACCAUGAGGAAUCUUCAGGGUCUGGUGAUGAAAGGGAUGACAGCGGUGGUGAGAGUGAAUCCAGUGAACAUGAGGUUCAUCCUACGGGGAGGCAAAUCCAGCAGGUAGUUCGGGUUGACUCCGGUGCUUCUGAGGAAAACAAAGGUGACCAUGCGGGGAGCAGUGAUGAUGAUUCCCUGGUAGCCCGUACCCUUCGACUGAGUGACUGUGGUUCCGAUGGUGAUCAUGCCAGUGAAUCCAGUGAUGGUGAAUCUGGUGAACCCAAUGGAGAUGACCAUGGCAAGGAGGAGACCCAAGCCAUUUCCAGUGAUGAUGGGAUUGAUUGGCGCGAUAGCCAAGUCAGCUCCAGUUGGCUCGGUAGGUUCUACUCCCAGUAUGGCCGUUUCGGCAAAGAGGAGAGCUCUGAUCCAAACUUACCGAAAUGUGUUGAGGAAGGGGACCAAGAUGCCAUGCUGAAACAUAUCCGAGAUUCACUGAAUGGCUGCCGUGAACAUGGUGAGCAUCCUUUGAUGACUGACUACUUGGAGCAUUGCCGUGAGUCCCUCAACACCUAUGACAAGUACGUCUUCGCCACAUUGAAGACUGACCGGCACUUCAACUCUUGGGUGGCUGAGCAGAAGUCCCAGGAUGCCAAGCCUCCCAAGCGCAAACCUGAAGAUGUGAAGGUGCCCGCAGCCAACAGUGGCUUCAGCGAUGCAAUGGGCCUGAUGCAGUUGUCGGAUGCAGCAGGGGGGUUGGAAGGGGAUGAUAUCUCCAUCACGCCGGCUCCAAAAAAACCUCGACUUGCAGAUGAAAUUGCGAAGGGGUUAGAAAUCACACCACCUCCUGUUGUGGGGCAGCAAUCAGCAAAGGCCAUGGCAAAGUUGAAGAAGAAGGAGAAGUGCAAUGGGAAGGUCAAGGGGUGCAGUGGGAAGAUCAAGGGUACUGAUCAGAACUCAACGGAUGGCAACGAUGGGGACAGGGCCCGAGAUAAGUCUUUCAACGGACAUGACUUGUCUGAUCUUCCUCAUGAAGCUCUUCCUUUUGUGGAUGGCUCGUACAAGGGCAAGCACAGCUACACAGUUUAUAUGGGCGAUUGCGCAAUUGAGGUGUUGUGCAAGAACGCCGCAUAUGUCAUCAAGCGUUGUCGGGAAGGCGUUGAGAAGCCCUCCAGUAACCAAGUCACAUGGAGCCGUUUUGGUGGGCCGCGCAAUGCGUGGCGUGAGGCGUGCCAGCGGGCUGGUAUUGAGUCUGCGCUGAGCCCGUAGGAUCUCUUUGGGGUAUGCGCAUAGGUUGCUGUUUGGAUGUUGCUUGGUGGCCAUUGG